AUGGAGGACCGCAUGCAUUUCUUAGCGUUCGCCGUACAGACCAAAGGCGCCAUUGGUGUGCGUCAAUAUUUGCAAGAACACCAUCAACAGGUUCCCAGCGUUUUGCAAGAGCUCAGCGCUACUGUUCUCCUUCUAGAAGAACAAGCUGGUAAAUGUAGUCAUGAACAUGGCAAUGAUAGAGCAGUUAAUAAAGACUUUGGGAUCUGCAUGGAGCAACUGCCUUUGCGAGCGCAACGCGAAAUUUGGAGCGCAUUGGCAAGUGGUGCAUCUCCAAACGAAGCAGCCGCCGUGAGUUUAGCACGAGCAUUUCUACGAGUGGUUGCACAGCCUCGCCGUCGUACAAGUGACACAGUUUGUGUGUCUUUGGCGAGGAUUGUACUGAGUAGAGGAGCAGACGAAGGGGAGAACGAAAGCGCUCAGGGCAGCACAAUCGCAUUCCGCCGUCGAAUGCGGCGCUUAACUUUGCAUCGAGUUCAGUUCCCGUCAUCCCUAGACGAGGAAGAUGAUGUUCGGCUUGUUGGACUGCAAGAGAUAUUGUCAUCCAAUGCUGCCAUGCAUACUCCUUCACGACUGUAUAAACGCCACAACGAUGAAGUUGGUGACGACCCAUGGCCAAGCAAGACUGAGCAAAACAUACGCGAAAACUCCCCAAUGCCAACACUAUCUGCUACAAAGCUGCAAGAACGACCAUUGCUAACAAAAGAGAUAGAAGAUCGUGCAUCGGUACUUUCCAAGCUGCUUGUUCAAUUGUCACGCUCCGAUGCAGACGCCGCAGUUGAUGACGUUGCUACGCGCGCGUUUGAUAUGCUUGCUGAAGUCGUCAACGACGUCCAUACUACAUAUGCAGCCAACGAGCAAAGCUUUGAGUACCUGUGUAAGCUGUUGCGGAUGGAUUCCACCAGCGACGAAGCCCUCGCUCACAUUACCAGUGCUCUGGUAGAUUCCAAUUGGAGUUCACGAUACGCAGCGAUCUUCCUCGAAACGAGUGUGUUACCAAAGAUUCGUACUGCUGAUUCCGUGAUCUCACGUGUCCUACUGCAGACAGCUCUAAACUUCGGCUCUGCCUAUGCUGGGACACUUCUUGACUCAAUGUUGCUUCCGCUGCUGGUUGGUGACAAAGAUAUUAUGGCAGGCCCAGCUCAAGCUGAAGCAAUAACGCGAAUUCUGCGCAGUUCCGACACGGUACCAACUGACCAACUGAAUGACUUUAUCCAGAAAGUCGUGACCGCGAAAGAAGGAAACAACUCGACUCCACAUUUGUUUUCCAAUGAAUCGGCACUGCUAGUGCUCCAGAACAUCCUCAACACGAAACCAGUCUUGUCACCAUUGACCGUUGAGAAGUUUAUUGGAGCAUGCGAGGCCGUUUUAGAGCGACCAGAAGGUGUACAACAACGUGGCUCUCUCAAAUUCGCCACCGUCAUUUUUACACUAGUUUCAAAGUAUCCGCAACAAUGUGCCGGCCAUGUGGAAAUCCUCGAAGCGAUCGCUGCUCAACUGACAUCCAUCAUGGCUAAAACGACGCUGCGCUUGCUGCAGAAGCUGAAGAACAGCAAGUAA